UUCUUCGUCGGCUUCGCUACUCACAUUCCCCAACAUUAGGGCUCUCUAAAUUUCUCCAGUCUCGUGUCGUCAUCGUCUUCGCGAAGCUCAAACUCGAAGAUGUUAACGGCAGAUAUCCCACCGAAUCAGUCUGUCUACAUCCAAAACCUCAACGAAAAGAUCAAGAAAGAAGAAUUGAAGAGAUCUAUUUACUGUUUGUUCUCUCAGUUUGGGAGGAUACUUGAUGUGGUUGCUUUGAAGACUCCUAAGCUCCGUGGACAAGCUUGGGUUACCUUUAGUGAAGUCACUGCUGCUAGUAAUGCCGUUCGCCAGAUGCAAAACUUCCCCUUCUAUGAUAAGCCUAUGCGCUUACAAUACGCAAAAGCAAAGGCAGAUUGUAUUACUAAAGCUGAAGGAACUUUCGUUGCAAAAGAUAAGAAGAGGAAGCAAGAAGAGAAAGUUGAAAGAAAGCGUGAAGAAACCCAACGACCAAACAUGGCUAAUGGCCCAAGUGCCAAUAACGGAGUCCCUCCGCCUUCGUUCCAGCCAAGUGGGCAAGAUGCGAUGCCACCAAACAACUUACUCUUCAUUCAAAACCUCCCGCACGAGACAACAAGCAUCAUGCUUAAGCUUCUCUUCGAACAGUACCCUGGAUUCAAAGAGAUAAGAAUGACCGAAGCAAAGCCAGGAAUCGCCUUUGUAGAGUUUGAAGACGAUGCUCAGUCUAACAUGGCUAUGCAAGCACUACAAGGUUUCAAAAUCAAUCCCCACUAUCCAAUGGUCAUCUCUUUUGCCAAGAAAUGAUGAGUUUUUGGUUUCUUUUGUUUAUCAGUCUUUUUUGAUGAGAUGACAAUACUGUACUGUACCAACCAAACCCUGGUGUGUAUAACCAACGGUUCUAUUGUUUUAACGGAUUGUUCCCGGUUUGGUUUAAUCCAUUGAUAGAUAGAGACCCCUGAAACGCGGUUUCACA